AUGGCGGUGUCAAUCUCCGUAGCAAUCCUGCUCACAGUCUGCUUCGUGGGCCUCUACGUUCCCGCCCCGUCACUGGCGUCGUCCUCGGGCGAUUUCCUCGGGUGCCUAUCUACGGACGUCCCUACCCAGCUGGUGCUCACGCCGGGCUCCCCGUCGUUCAAGCCGCUCCUGGUGUCGUCCAUCAGGAACGCCAGGUUCCUUGCGCCGGCGACAGCGAUGCCUCCGCUCUGCAUCUUGACGCCCACCAACGCGUCGCACGUCCAGGCCGCCGUGCGGUGCGGACGCGCACACGGCGUGCGCCUCCGUGUGCGCAGUGGCGGGCACGACACCGAGGGCCUCUCAUCUCGGUCCGAGCGUCCCGAUGUGUUCGCCGUGGUCGACCUCGCCAAGCUCAACAACGUCCACGUUGACCCGCAAGAAGCCACUGCGUGGGUCGACGCAGGCGCCACGAUCGGGGAGCUCUACUACGCCGUCUCGAAGGCCGCACCGGGGCUGGGCUUCCCAGCAGGGGUGUGCCCGACCGUGGGCGUGGGAGGCCACUUCAGCGGCGGUGGCCAGGGCCUGAUGAUGCGCAAGUACGGCCUGUCCGCCGACAACAUCCUCGACGCCUCCAUCGUCAACGCCGACGGGAUCCUCCUGCAGGACAAGAAGGCUAUGGGGGACGACCUCUUCUGGGCCAUCCGAGGCGGCGGCGGCGUGAGCUUCGGCAUCGUGCUGUCGUUUAAGGUGCGGCUCGUGCCGGUCCCACCCACAGUCGCGUACUUCAGCGUCACCAAGAGCAUGGACCAGGGUGCCGUCGAGGCCGUGACCAAGUGGCAGACGGUGGCGCCGGCGCUCCCCGACGACCUCACUGUGCGGGUGAACGUGCAGCAGCGUGAGGCCAACUUCCAGUCCCUGUACCUCGGCAACUGCAGCGCUGUGGUGGCCACCUUGAGCGACCGGCUCCCGGAGAUCAACCUGACGCGCGCCGACUGCCGGGAGAUGAGCUGGGUGCAGUACGUGGCCUACAUAUACUUUGGCGACGCCAGCAACAGCACGCCCCUCGAAACCCUCCUGCUCAACCGCACCAUGACCCUCGGCCGCUUCUACAAGAACAAGUCCGACUACGUCAGGGAAGCCCUCACCAAGGACGCGUGGGAGAAGAUCUUCACCUGGCCCACCGGCGCCGCCGAGGGGCAGCUCGUCCUCGAGCCGCAAGGCGGGAGGAUGGGGAGCAUCGCCGCCGACGACACGCCCUUCCCGCACCGCGCCGGCGUGCUCUACAACAUCCAGUACCUCGAGUCCUGGGUGGGGGGUAACAACACUACUACGCCGAGCUGGAUCAACACCAUAUACGACUUCAUGGAGCCGCUGGUCAGCAAGAACCCCAGGGCCGCCUACGCCAACUACCGGGACCUCGACAUCGGCGUCAACCAGGUGGUCGGCGGCCUGAGCACAUACGAGAGCGGCAAGGUGUGGGGCGAGAGGUAUUUCGGGAGGAACUUCCAGAGGCUCGCCAUGAUCAAGCGGAUUGUGGAUGCCGGUGACUACUUCCGCAACGAGCAGAGCGUGCCGCCGCUUCUCUCUUGAGCACGAAAAAUAUACGAGCUACUUGUUGUCACAGUGAUCAACUAAUUAGCGAUUAAAAUAAACAGUGAUCAAAUAGCAUUUGCCCAUGUUAUCGCUGCUAAAAAUUACAAUGAGAUCAAAAUGUAACAUUUAUCAAUACAAUUAUAAUACACGUUUAUCAAUAA